UUUUCCUGGUUGCAAAAUAAUCAAGUUUUUUUGUGACUACGUUUGUGACCUUUUACCCAGGAUUCCUCAUAAUGUAAAUGUCAGCCAUAUUAUCGAUGAAUUGUUUCUAUUUUGAAGGCGUUGUUUACUAACAAUACCGAUUAUUUCUGUCAAGGAAAAAUGAGUUUUAAUUUAAGACGUUUUCCUUUUGAUUUCUGUUAAUAAGGAUGGACCUGCCGUCUCCUACUUUAUCUAAAAAGAUAAGUAGAACUGAAUCCACUUUGUAUAGAGAUGAUCUCAAUCAUUUUAAUAUUGAUUUAAAUGAUUCCAAAGAUCCUAUGGUGCAGCGUUGUGUGAUAAUUCAAAAAGAUGAAAAAGGUUAUGGGCUUACCGUUUCUGGUGAUAAUCCAGUUUUUGUGCAGUCUGUUAAAGAUGAUGGUGCUGCUGCCAGAGCUGGAGUUCAGCAAGGAGAUCGAAUCAUUAAAGUCAACGGGACACUAGUGACUCAGUCUAAUCAUCAAGAAGUAGUCGAGCUUAUAAAAUCUGGUUCCUAUGUCGCUUUGACUUUAUUAGGGAAGCCUCCGGGUCAAGGAAAGGGUUUGAGUCCGCAACAUUCUUUCAGUUUACCUGGAACUAACUUUAGUGUCAUGAAUUCAAAUAAAUCAGAUUGUUCUGAGCGGAUUACAGGACCACAACCUGUUGAUCCUGAAAAGCAACAACAACUGACUAAUAGUCGAAUACAUACUAUUAGGAAAAUGCUUGAAAAAGAAGUGGUUUAUCUUGAGAAUUUAAGGCAAGAAUUUAGCAAAACACCAUCUGAGAAGAUGCGUGCUGAAGUAAAUGGGACUGUGAAAAGAGUGAAAACUCUAGAGGAGCAGUUGUGCAAUUUAACCGGCUUACAGCAUGAGCAAAUUAUUACAAGGUCACCUAAAUCGCCAACUUCAGGUCGCCAUUUUCAUGACCGUGAAAGCUGUCGGUCAAUAUCAUUCCCGUCUCAUGGGAUUCACAAUCGUUCACUCAUACAUCAGAUAUCAGCUCCUUUAUUGCCUGCUAGCCAAGCAAUGACAUCGCCACCUGUGAUUCCUCUCGCACCUGUUUCUAGUGAUACUAAGUAUCAAGUCAUAUUGUCACCGUGUAAUGAUGUUGAAAAAAAUAAGCCUGUGUCGCCUGAUAAAAAACAAUCAAUAUCAACAUCUCUGGAGAACCUCGCCAAGCAUUUGAACCCUCGUUCCACAACAUGGCCACAGCCCACGCAUACUCGUCAAAGUUCCAGUCCUGAAACGUUGAGAGGCUUUGAGAAUAUAAAGUGCCAAAAAAGCAAUGGCUGUCCUCGCCCAGAUCCUCUGCGAAGGUCUCCAAGCUCUGUCUCACCUCCCCAGGGCUUUUAUAGAAACCUUAUGUCCAAUCUCGAAACAAAACUUAAUUUUCCAAGUGCAUCUCAGCUUUCAUCACUAAGUCAACAUGAUAGUGCAAUCGAAAGCCCUGGUCCUUCCCCUCCCCCAAGUCCUACUGAACUGAAUGACAGUAAUAAAAUACCAAAAGAUUUACCGAAAGUAGAAGAGUUCACACAUCAGUUGGAUGAACUCAACCAGCAAGAGACUAUUGAUGAUUUUGGUAUACAGCCUCUAAUUUCGAAACUGAACCAGAACACCAAUAUUAUAUGUAUGGAAGAUGAAGACCUUUCUUCUGAUACUGAACUGGGGCAUUUAGAAGAUCAUGGUCCUUUUAAUGGACUUUGGAAGCUUGUUAGAAAUCCUGCUCAUCUCUCAGUUUUCUUGCACUACUUAAUGUCCAAUAGUGAUCCAUCUAGUUUGUUUUUUUAUUUAAUUUCUGAGUUAUAUGAACAAGGGACUGGCAAAGAUAUGAAAAAAUGGGCAUAUGAAAUACACUCAAGUUUUUUAGUGCCUGGAGCACCUUUGAAAGUGUCGCUGGUUGACGAGACUAUUUUACAUGAAAUAGAUGACGUGCUCUUAAAUAGCAUAGACAAAGAGGAAACUUUGAGAACAGUAUUUAGAAAAGCUCGUAAAAAAGCCAAAGAGGAAUUGAAUGAUUUCCUUGCAGAUUUUAGAAACAAACGAACAAUGGGACUGGCAAAUAUCUUUGGUCCACCUGACUACCAAUUAGAAGAGGCAAUGCAUGAUAAGAACAAGGAACAGAAGAUAAUUGAACAACUUCUCUGCCCUUGUUUAGAAAAUUUCUCGGAGGACUUGGAGGGUGUAGAUGAUCGUAGUGUUGCUAAAACUUAUGCAUUAGCUACUAUUCUAAAGCAGUUUGGAGUUAAAAACCAACAAUAUGCAAGUAUUAUUGAAAAAUGUCCAACAUUUGUAGGGAAAGAACAGUCUUUUAUUACAUCUCUUUUGAAAAGAAACAAAAAGGUGAUUCUUAUGCAAGGUCAUCAUUUUGUUCCUGAACAUUAUUACUGUGUAACAUAUUGCAAUCAUUGCCAGCUCAUAAUAUGGGGCGUUGGUCAUCAAGGUUAUCAGUGUCAAAAUUGUGAAAUGAAUAUUCAUAAAUCUUGCAUUAAAGUAGUUGAAGAGUACUGCAUUGGUGCUCUAAGGAAUAAAAAAGAAAGAACCAAAGAACGAACUCGAAAAGAUCGAAAAUCUGGAAUCGUGGAAAAUAUAAUAGCUAAAACAAGAAAACCCAGUCAACCAGUUCCUGCUGCCAUUGAGAAGGCAAAAAGACUCAAUGAGGAAAUGAAUGCAGAAAAUGCAUUAAAUGCUAGUGAUUCAUUCACACUAAAAGAUGGAAGCAGAGGAUUUGAUCAUUUGAAAGAACCAUCAGAUAUAGUUUUUCAAAAUAUGUUGAAUUUGUCGGAAUCAGUCGAUAAACCUCAUCAUGGCAGCAACAAGAAGAGUGCUUCGUCAAUAGGUCGAUCAGAGAGCUUCCGCCAAACGAGGGAAAGCAAACCAUCCUUCAGGAAAAGAAGUGACCCAAACAUUCCACGAUCUAAAAGUGAUGUGGAUGUUGAUGAUAAAAAUAAUCUUGGUCUAAAUGAAUCCAAAAGUUCUUCCAAUUCAAGUUUGUCAAACAGAAGUCUGGACAGUCCUAGUAACUCAUCUGAAAUGGUGCACAGGACGCCGACUUCUGUUUCUGUAGAUUCUGCUCCUCCUAAUGUUACUUCUGUAAGUGGCAUGUUGUCUGGAAGUCAUGGUUUAUCUUCUAUGGAUGACUCUGAUUUAGAAGCUGAUGCAGACCCACCAAAUUGGCAAGAAAAUGUUAAUUGGGAUGAAUUGAAGGUGAUGAAACCAAAAGAAAAGAAAAGGCAGGAUGUUAUAAAUGAACUUUUCCAUACUGAGAGAACUCAUGUGAGAAAUUUGAAAGUGCUUGACCGGUUAUUUUAUAAACCAAUGCUUCAAGAACAGCUUCUGCCAUCAGAUUUUCUCAAUUUACUCUUUCCAAACUUAGAAGAAAUGUUGGAAAUCCAUACAACAUUUAACAACAAAAUGAAAGCUCGAAGAAAAGAAGAACCAGUUAUUGGAGACAUAGGACAACUAAUGCUUGAAAGGUUUGAUGGUGCUGCAGGGGAUCAUCUGAAACAAGCUGCUGCUACUUAUUGUCAGAACCAAUCAAUUGCACUUGAAAACUUGAAGUCAAGACAGAAAAAAGAUACAAAGUUGGCUUUAAGUCUGGCUGAUGCUGAAGCUAAUAAUUUGUGUCGGCGGCUUCAACUUAAAGAUAUAAUUGCUUCUGGCUUCCAGAGGUUAACUAAAUAUCCCCUCCUUUUAGAAAAUAUUGCCAAAUAUACAUCUCCAAAUACCCAGGAACUAAGUGAUUUGCAAAGGGCAGUAGAGUGUAGUAAAGAGAUCUUGGUCCAUGUUGAUUCAGCCAUCAAAGAAUCUGAAAACAUGCACAGGCUGUUAGACAUUCAGAAUAAGAUGGAUAAGAGUUUAUUCGAGAAAAUUGAGAAAGUUGAAAAAAAUGAGAAGGAAAAGAAGAAUGAAAUUAAUCCUAUUGUAGAAAAUUUUAAGAACUUGGAUGUGACACAACACAGACUUCUUCAUGAAGGUUCUCUACUAUGGCGCCUUAGUAAACAGAAAAAUGUGGAAAUGCAUGUUGUCCUUCUGGAAGAUAUUUUGAUACUAUUUCAAAAACAGGAUGAGAAAUAUGUUCUUAAGUUCCACAAUACGAAUUUAAAUACUGGAAGGGAGGAUAUAAAAAUAAUGCACAGUCCCAUUCUGAGGGUUCAAAAUCUAUUCACCCGUGAUAAUGCUACAGAUAAAAGAACGUUUUUUAUUAUCUCCUCAUCUGAAAUGCACGCUAUGUAUGAGUUCGUUGCUGGAACUGCUUUAGAAAAAAAGAUCUGGUGUACUCAUAUUGACAAAGCAGCACAAGAGCAGAAAAAACGCAACAUGUUGAAGAAUAACCUAGAAGCUCCCCACCCUGUCACAGAUGUUCUUACACCCACUGAAGAACCUCUGUCCAGUGAAGUUGAAACGGACACUAAAGAAUCAGAAAAUCCUGUUGAAAGUAAUAAAGAGCCAGAUUCUUCUCAUAAAGAGGAUGAACCAAGUGAUAAUUUGCCAGUGAGUGAUCCAGAACAGCCUGAACCGCGAGAACCACCCGAUGGAAUCCCUCAGAGAGCCCGGCAGUUUUCAGCUGGAGAAGAGCCUGGUGAUUCGGGAGAACGUCAGAAGCCUUACCACAGAAUUGAGCGCAUAGAAAUACUGGAGAUCAUGGAAGGUCCUCAGCUUAUUGAACCUAAUGAAGUUAUUGUUACUGGUCCUGUUUGUGAGAUAGCAGAACCUGUAUUGACUCCUUUAGAGAAACUCCGCCGAAAGGAUAUAGAAAUAUCUAAAGCUAUAGAGGAAAAAGAAAAGAUAACAUCAGAAAUAUUAAAUAUCCCUCUUGAAGACUUGAAGAAUAUCUCAGAAAAAGUCAUUGAUGAUGUUCAAAGUUUAUCAUCUGUUGAGCUGGCAACAUCAGCUGUUCAAUUAGGUAAUAAAUUAUCAUCCAUUGUGAGUGGAAGCCUUAAUAUUGAAGAAACUAUGGGUGCUUUUGAUGCUGGUGAAUCCUUAAGCACGAGUGAAAAAUCUAAAGAAGAUCAGGAAAUGUCAAGUCCCAAGAAAGAGCCGAAAAGUAGCUCAAUUCAGUCUUUGCUGUCCUUAUCUGCAAGUCUAAAUCAAUGCCUCACACAAUUAAUGGUUGCAGUGAAUAAUGCAGAAGAAGAGAAGAAACUGCUGCGCAGUGAACUUGCUGUUUGUCAAGAACAAAUUCAUCAGAUGCAUGAGAGUCAUAGGCAUUGCUUCACUCAGUCAUCUAGUGUUCAUUCAAGGCCCUCCAGUUUUGUAUCAGUGUCUUCAACAACAUCCGAUGGAACAGGAGAAUAUUUUGAAGUACCACACUUGUUUUCAGUAUUAGAGAAGACUGAAGAAUCUGUUGAUUCAGAUAUUCAAAGCCCAAUUUACGAAGAUGUCCCCAAAAGCCCACAAUUCUCUAGUCCAAUUAAUGAAAGUGCUCUUCAACCCAAAAGUUGUAAUAGACUCAAUGAAUCUGUCGAUAGGACUUGUGAUCCGCUAUCUUCAAACUGUGAUGUGCGAAACAUAGAUUCUGGUGAAGUGCCGUGCACUUCGGAUCAGAAGACAGAAAAAGAUACAGUAGAAAACACGGAAGAGGUGCUAGACUCUUACUGCAGGACAUUUGAUGAGCAACACAAAGUAGAUCCUGUGUACCUCUGAUUGUAUAUUUAAGAAGAAAAGAACCUCAGCUCUGCAUAAUAGUGUCUUAAGCUUAACCUAUGCCUAGUUAUUUUGCAGAUAUGAGCUAUUUGUAAACAUAUGUAUAUUGGACUCCUUUUAUCCCCCUUCCUACCCUUGUAUAUGAGAGUUGUGCAGAAAUAUAUAUUAAUUGUGAUUGUCUUAGUUUUUUUUUUUUUUUUUUCAUUUCCCUAUAAAGGAAGUAACAAAAUUCUGAAAAAUGUAUGUAAAAGUGUGUGUUUUGUGUUGUAUAUUUUUUAUUUAUUGUACAAAAAAAGCAAGUUAUGUUUACACGGGUGAGAAAAUAAUUAACUAAUUAUAUUUGAAAUUUUAAUAAAAUCUUGUGAAAUCAGCA